UCUCACUUUUUUUUUUCCCUCCACAAAGAAGAAAGGGAUGCAUUUUAUACUGUAAUAAAUCUUUGAUUAGUACUCUUAUUUAAUGGGGUCUCACUCAGGGCUUCUUUAAGACUCAUUUUGAGUUUGUAGCUGGGCACACGGCUAAUUGUACAUGCAAAUUAGUCAUGCAGUGCUGCACUUCCAGGAAUAACAUGGUUAUAUCAGUGUUCUAUAUCCAGCUGCAGUACUCUUGUCAGCUGAUGUACUCUUCAAAUGAAAAUACUGCUUUUCUUUAUUAUCUUCUGUUAAUGCCUGCAGGCUGGAAAUCCAGUGGUGAUGUCACACACGCCCGAAGCUGAUUGGCAAUAAUCUUACAGUUGGCACACGUGAUAGUUCUGCACAUGGCUGCUAAAGACCUGUGAUGUCACUUUGGCUUUGAAAACCAUCAUGGGACGCUGGAAUAAAAUGGUUGCAUGAGUCAACUGCAAGUCGAAUUUCCAGGAAAAUAUUUUGCGAACCAGGUCACGGACAAACUUUACAUAUUCGCUGAUGAAUUUUUCUGACUAACACUACUUGCAGCAGUUCAACCACGGGGGGGACAUUAAGUUGUCGUCCCAAAGAUGGGUUGGGUUGGGUGAAAGAAAGACACAGACAAGAUGCUACAAAACUUGACAGUUCGUUAAUGAAAACACAAGGUGAUAUUAUAAAUUUCAAAGCUGAAGUGAAGAGAGAUUUCACUCUAGCAAGUCCAUCAAAAAAAAAAAAAAAUCAUGAUUCAUGUGUAUGAAUAAAUAUCAUGAAAUAAAAAGAAAACAUUCAUUCGCUCUGUGACUCUAGUUCUGUUCCCCUCUCUCUUGUACAGGUUACUUUAAAUGGGCCAUCAAGGACUUUUGGUAUCAAAAACAAUAACACACCAAAAGGUCCAUUCCUCUGGUCCUUUUUCCCUUUAGCUUCUUUCAAGUUGCUUCAGGGAAUGAAGGAAAUGAAAGGUAAUUGAAUUUAAAAAAGACACAUGUCCAGCUCACCACAUUGGUCCCCACUUCUCCAUGGUCCAAGAGUAAGUGCAUCCCUUUCCUUUUCUUUCUCAGGCUGCUCAGUAGUACUGGGGUUCCCACUCUACUAGCACUUGCAGACAAAGACAAAUUACCCCUCACUGCAGACUGCGGCUUAGCUAAUCAUGGCUUUAAACCUUUAACCCCACCCAUAAUGCACAGGUGCCGCGUCCCAUUGCACACACUGGUAAUAUCAGAUGUCAGUGUACAAUUAAUAGUCUGACUAAUACAGCUACUGGUUACAGUAUGUUCAAGAUUAUUGUGGGAGAGUUAUCGGACACCAAUAUUUGCAACUGCCAAAUAAUUCACGUUACAUAAACAUUCAAUUUUCAUUAUUUCCAUACAGAUUGCAUCUUUCCUGUCUUGCGUAGAGCUCAUCAGGUCCCAAGCACGUGGCAUCUUAAAGAAUUACAGGUGCAGUUAAAAGUUUAAUUCUGCCCAAUUUAGGCACACCUUGUUCCACAUGCCGCAGCGAGGACCUUCAACACAAGAAGAUGCCCACUGAGUCCUUCUUAUGCCCCCCCUUGGUAUCCUCUCCACCAAUCCUGGAGAACACCUUCAGUAGUCUUCUCCAUGCAGCAUAACCCGGUAAGAAGCUUUCAAAUCUGUGCCCUCGCUUGAUCACAACACUCCAACUCCGAUAACCCUCUGGUAAGUAGUCACUUCUUAUCUCUCUCUCAGCCCCUUUUUUCAUACUGGAGCAGCUUCAUAAAAUGCUUUCUCUUUCUUGCAGUUUGGUACCAUUUACCAGGAUGCCUCCUCACAUCCCACCUGGAUCGAAUGGUGUAGGGGUCCACUGCUCGCCCUCGCUUAAUGCUGCAGACGUGGAGCCGCCUCACCGUUUCUCUCUACUGGAGUUUUCUCAACGACACCAUCUUUCAAUGCUCAAGCAGAGAAGUUUCAUACAUCCAGAUACAGUCCGUCAUAUUUAAGUGCGACAGCUUGGUUAAACAAGAAAUUUCAUACAUCCAGAUACAGUCCAUCGUAUUUAAGUGUGAAAUACCGGGAGUCCCCCUGACACAGCCAGCUUUCUCAGUUGGUCACCGCAGAUCCGAACUGCCACCUCCGUCGUUAUCAGCAGUUCAUGGGGCUGCCACCUACAGUUUGUCAGUCACUGCAGCUCCCAGGGUGCUCUGCCCUUCCAUGGAAGCCACUGCAUCUUGCCUGACUUCCUCCUGCAAGUUCACCUGGUCUUUCUCUAUGCCGAGAAGUGGAGACGACCAGGAAGCUCCCAUCCUUGCACUCGCUGGCACUUCUCCAUCAAGCGAUUACUGCUUCUAGUUUCUUUAACAAAACCUUUCCUCAACCAAAACUUUUCUUGUUUCCUCUGUAUGCUGACCCGCUCCCUUUUAUUCAAAAUGACCCGCAGCUGGUACCUGCUGAUUAACGAGAUACGCGAAAGUCAUUUCAUUAAGCUGGCACAUGCUUCCAAAUGUGCCCUGCAUACCCCAGCAUGAGCUAUAAGUGGAUUGCACUAAAAUAAUGAAAUAAAUCAUUCAAUUAAAAUGAAUUUGACUCACAACAGGUUUGUGAGGGUAAAACAAAUGCCACAAAAUAUGGGGAAAUCCUGGAGGAAAACGUGACACUGUCUGUAAGAAACUUACACUUUGGGAGAAGAGUUGUUUUCCAGCUAGACAUAUAGAAAAAUGUAUUCUUAAAACUGGUCAUCUCUGUGUAUUAGAAGAGUAUUAUAAGCACAUGAGAAAAGUAGACACUUUAUUUUACUGAUCAUUAAGAUGUAUGAGUUAGGAUCGAAAAGGCUUAUGCCUACAGUGGGUAUAGAGAAGAAUCCCCCCCUUUGAAAUAUUCCCAUUAUUUUUUGCUUUACAGCCUUAAAUAAAAACAC